AUGGCGGAACAACUCCCUGAUGAGCUUCUAAAAGAGAUAUUGUCACCGCUGCUUGACGUAUCUGAAGAAAAGUUUCUAGACUCUUCUGAGCUCGCAAAAUCUCCUUUUUCCCUUUCUCCCCUAUCGUCGUCGGUUGUCCUGGAAGUCUGCAAGAGCUGGCUGCGCGUCUCCACCCCCUUGCUCUAUCGUGUCGUCGUCCUUCGGUCCAAUGCUCAGGCCAAAGCCUUAGAGCGUGCACUGAAAAGUAACAAAUCAUUUGGUCUAUUCAUCAAGAAGCUGCGCGUGGAGGGAGGGUAUGGGGGAGCAAUGAAGACGAUUAUCCAGGCCUCGCCGAACAUCGCGCACCUGUGGAUUACAUUGGCUUUGAGGUCCGAGGGGAACGUAUCUGGCUUGUGCCUUUCGCUUUCGAGUAUCAACCCGUCGCACGUUACGUUGCAUGAUUCUAGGUACGAGGCUCGGAAUGCCCAGGUGUUCAAGCUCGCCGAGACGCUACGCAAUUGUUUGGAGAAAUGGACGAAACUGACCACGGUUGAUCUACCAUAUCUUUCAGAUCACCGUGCCGCCCUUCGUGCGGACUCACUUGCACAAUCCUUGGUUGUCUCGAAAUCCCUCAAAACUGUCAAUGCACUCACCAGGACUUACUAUUCCGUCCCUUCAUGGCUUCGGAUCCUUGGCGACAGCACCACCCUCGAGUCUAUCCACUUACUACCGACAACCUUCGCGUCCUUUCUAUCUCAGCUCCAACAGCUUCCAAGGUUACAGAGUCUGGUGGUCUUCGAAGAGGUCUCACCCAGAGGCUCACGUUCGUCUAUGGAGUUUGAACCAUCAAAUGACUCAAGUCUGGGCCCCACCUUGAUACCUAGCAACUUCACCUUUAGUCCCAUGCGCGUAACGCCCCUUUUGCACGUAUCGCAAGACUUGCGUGAUCGCGUCUGGGAUUUGGUCAUUCAGUUCGCGAUUGGAAUCAAUGCCCUCGAAGAUGAGCGCCUACCGACAUCAGGUGAUUCCUUAACAUGGAACAAAACACGUUUUGCGCUUUGUCGUGUCUCGAAAUACUUCAAAACGCUGGUCGAGCCAUAUCUAUACGCGUAUCCCAUCUUUAGAGGCAUGGACUCAAUACGUGGCUUUGCUGCCCGCCUCAAGGAGGACCCGUCUCUGCGAACGCGCCUCCGAGCUCUGUACAUGUCGGGUUAUACCUUCUAUCCUCAAGAUGAUAUACAAGAUACUCUUCAGCAAACUUUCGAAGAUGGCGCAGUCGCCCACCAGAACAAGAUGGCAGUUGUUCGCGUGAUUGGUUUAGGCGGUGCCAGAUACUGUACGCGCAUUCGUUGGGAUGUAUUCGAAUCUAUGGCGUCAGCCAGUGGUCCAACCAUCGUUUCCCUUCGUAACCUUCAUAUCGAGAGUCCGACAAAGAAACGGCAGAACCCGUCCGUCUUCUCCAAGUUUUCUGCGCUUCGCAUCCUUGCAGGCGCGGUUCUGGUUGAAUUCUCGGAGAGUCCGAAGAACAUUAACCGAGAUAAUCUUCCGAAUCUGGAGCACCUUGAGCUGAUGGCGGCCUCUCCUUCGUGCUUAAAGGUGCUCUCAGUGAUGAAAUUACCGAUGUUGCAUACCAUGUCCCUUCCGUCGUCGAAGGGUAAAGCAUUGCUCUUUCUGGAAUCGCAUGGUUCCAAACUACGUGUCCUGGACAUUGAACUAGAGCAUGAAGUGAAAGCAGAGAACCUCUCCGUCUUCGAUCUUUGUCCAAACUUGGUCUCUUUGACUAUGAGGGUGUUCAAAAAUACUCAGGGUCUCCUCAAUCCUGCCAGCCAAUUCAAACAGUUGAAGCUCACAAAGAUCGUCUUGCUGAAGAAUCCAGCUAUCAAUUACAAGAGAUUCGACCAUAAAAUUCACGCCAGUUUCUUUGAAGCCAUCGACGCCAAGAAGAAUUUUCCUGUUCUCCAAGAAAUACAGGUAGACUUUUGCGAGUGGCCGACCCUCGAGCAUGAGAUAAAGAAGAGUGUCUGGCCUAGGUGGGCCGAACAUCUGGCAACACAUAAUAUUAGGUUGACAGACAAGGAUGGACGGCAUUGGAGGCCUCGGUUGCAGUCGUAGAGACGCCGAUGAUGCCAGUGCGCGCACCACCAGUCGACGGAAAGCUUGCACGUGGUAUUUCGAAGCACGUCCUGAAUCAAUUUGACCGCCCCCUAAUGACCUCCUCAUUCUGACCUUUUCCCCCUCAAAGGUUGAUGGAUGGGGAACAACAAGCACAAUGUCUAUCCACUAAGUAAUCAUUCUAUCACGUUGACCUAUUUAGGUACUAAAAACCCUUUCUGGUGUUCUUGAUAUCGAGUAUAUGUGUCGUAUGAUUGAGCACCUGUACUCAUUAUCCAGCUGACGAAAAUAUUGUUCAGAU